UCUUUGACAAACACAUUUGAAACAGCAGAUUCACCAACUGCAGUUAAUAAUAAGGCACCAGCAUACCCAAACUCACCUUCAAGAUCACCAGUGUUGGAACCAGUUGGUGGCGGAAAGGGAACGAUCGAUAGCAAUCCAAUUUCAAAGGAGAAGAGCUCCGAUAAGAUCGACCAAUUCUUGAAGCAUGAGGUGAUUCCACGUGGAGGCUCACCGGGUGCCGUGCACAAGUCGGCACGCAACCAGCGACCACCCAACGAGCUGGACAACAAGGCCAAGGUGAUCCCAUCAUUCGAUGGCAACCCACACCCUGUGUACCAUCUCAUCCUGGAAGGCAAAUCCUACGAGCAAUCAUCAGACAAGAAGAAGAUUGUUAUUCCACCUGCCAGUGCAUACUGA